GCCUUUGGUCCAGACUCCAGUCUGAGCGAGUAUAUCAACGACGGUUGGAAUCAACUCGACUGUCUGGCGAUUGCUUGCUAUAUCAUAGCUCUGGUACUCCGUCUGCUGGCCUAUGCCAAUGUUCUUGAGGAGGUCGAGGCCCUCAGGCAGACGACAAAAACGAACCUAAAUUCUACCGUCAACUUCAGCCUGCAUUCGGAUCAGCAUCUUUCGACAUACUCAAGCAAUUCACCAAUGCAGAACGUCUUCAUCAUCCCGGAAUCGGUAGGAUCUGUUAGGGAAACCGUUACGACGGAGAUAACGCCAUUCAUACAGAGUCAAAUUUCGCAAGUAAACCCAACUGGCCGAGUAAAGCUGGAGGAUUUCUACGGUCUGACCUCAUCGGCAGACGGCGCGGAUGGAUCACUCAACGCCCUGACCAAGUGGAAUGUACCGUUGAGGCUCACGCAGUCUGGAGCAAUUAAAAAUUACAACAUCCUGGACUUUUACGCAGUACCAGAGACUCAUGGCUUGCAGAAACUAACUAUGAAUAUCACACCUAGGUUUGUGGAAAGCUCCUGGGGGGCCGACGGCGGCCUCAAGCUCGGGUUGGUUCAGAACCCGGCCAUAUUCAUGAAUAACUUGUCUGGUUCAUCUGUUGUCAGUCUUUUAAUGAACAUCAGCGGAGACAGAAGUCUUUUAGGAAUGACUACACCACCGAUGGGGACAACCAUGAUGACGAUAACCCCAGCCAUGAAACUGACCACACCCGCGCCUACCUCCGCUCUCGUGAUCGACCAGUCAAAGAUGGAACUGUCUGCUGACUUACCCUACUAUCUUCUCACAGAUGAGUUCUACUCGAUUGCACGCAUCAUGUUUGCCUUUAGUCUCUUCGCCUUUUAUGUACGCCUGAUGUACAUCUUCAGCUUCAGCGUGACAUUGGGCCCGACAUUAAUCAUGAUUAGCCGAAUGGUAAGUGGAGGCGAAAAAGUGAUACGAGCUUUCGUCCUUUUUUUUUCAAGAGAGAUAAUAUUUUAG